AAAGCUCUCAACUUUGAGAUCUCUUGGUGCUUCUCGAUCGCUAGUGUUGUCAUGGGGUUCGUCUCCUUCGCGGGAAGGGUGCUCUUUGCGUCCGUCUUCAUCCUCUCCGCGUACCAGGAAAAAGUUAUCAAUUUGGAGGCAUGCAUUUAGACAUUUAAAAGAGCAGCAGAGAAACGAUAUUUGAAAGGAAAAAGGAAAUGCUUUUUAGAAUGUGGUGCAAAUCCAGGUUUAAUGAAUUUGGAGUUGAUGGUGGGCCGGCAGCAAAGGCUCUUAGACCCAAAUACAACACUUUCAUUAAUCAUGUGACCUCUCACUUGGGUGCCAAAGUCCCACAUAUUGAGAUCAAGCAUGUGAUUGCUGCUACCAUUAGUCUCAAAGGGCUUGGAGGACUUCUGUUUAUUUUUAGCAGCUCAUUUGGCGCUUCUCUUUUGCUGCUUUAUUUGGCAUUUAUAACACCGGUUGUCUAUGAUUUCUACAACUACGAGAUUGAGACGGCAGAAUUUGCCCUACUUUUUACUAAAUUCACACAGAACUUGGCCCUCUUCGGCGCAUUGCUCUUUUUCCUGGGAAUGAAGAACUCAAUUCCAAAGAGACAGGGCAAGAAGAAAGGUGGUCCUAAAGCGAAAACAACCUAACUAGCAGCAACAGCUCUCACGUACCUUUCCAAAAAGAGUUGAAUACACAAAUUUCUCAUCGGUCCGCCUGAAGACCAUCUGUUUCAAUUUUACAAUGCCGAUCUUUUAUAUUCAUAUCAGACACAUUUCAUUUAUCGGAUUCUUUUCAAAGGGGAUUCUGGAUUGGUGUCUUAGAAACUGGAGGCCUUGCCCAAAAGACAGAUAGUAUUGUUUUCCUGUGCCAGGCUGAGUUCUUUGUCAGGACAUGAUAAAUUUUUUUUUUUUGCAGUUAGUGUGUGGCAUUCCAUUCUUGAUAUAUAUAGGACUUGAGUUUUUGCAGGUAUGGCCCUAUGAAACACCAAAAUUGCAUAUUCUCUGCAGGUCCAAUUUUAGUUUAAGUUUGCUUUGAGUAUUUAA